CUUCAGAGUCUUAACACUUGAUAUUUGGAAAAAGAACUCAGGUGGACACAGUUGAAAAAAGGGGCAAGCCAAUCAGAUUGCUCCUUUCCCCCUUGGCCAAUGACAGGCGCCACAUUGUUGUCAAAUUUGUCUAAUGAAAACGUAGGCGCAACAAUAGAGAGGGGAGAGAGGGAUCUGUAACCACUGACAAUCUCAGGAGGAAGUUAGUGUCUCAGGCUGCGGCGAGUAACAACCUCGGCUCCUCCCGGACAGUUGUAACUUUACACUAGGAGGAAUGAUCGCUCUUCUCGGCUCCUGCUCUUUCCGGAUUUAAAGUCGACUGUAUCUACUCGUAUCUUUGCUUCUUCGGCAGCCUCCAGGACAGUUUCCACCAGAGUUUCGGUCAUAGAUUUUUGAUAAUCGAUAGUAAUUUCGUCAGUAGACAGACAUCGCUGACUUCACCUGUUGCCCAGAGAUGCUGAGAACCGCUGAGCAGAUGUGAUCGGCCCAGCACAGUCUAACUAAAACAGAUCGUUCAGAUAACGCGGUUUUCUUGAUUAUAGUUUAGAUACAUCAGUGAGGAACACUGGCAUGGAUCUGAGACCGGAGCUCCCCACUGCCUCCUCUGCCUCUCAAGUCCACCCCGGUGCGGCAGCGGCGGCCGCCUCCAUCCCGGUGUCCAUGGCCGGCAACCUACUGCGCGGCCCUCCGCUCCUCCUGCGCGCCGCGGAUAAGUACCCGCGCACCCCGAAGUGUGCCCGAUGCAGAAACCACGGCGUGGUCUCCGCGUUGAAGGGUCACAAACGGUACUGCCGUUGGAAGGACUGUAUGUGCGCUAAGUGCACUUUGAUCGCUGAGAGGCAACGAGUGAUGGCGGCGCAAGUGGCGCUGCGGCGGCAGCAGGCGCAGGAGGAGAACGAAGCCCGAGAGCUGCAGCUGCUCUACGGCCCUGCGGAGGGACUCGCCCUGGCCGCUGCCAACGGCAUCAUCCCUCCGCGUCCAAACUACGAAGUGUUUGGCUCUGUCAACAACGAGACCAACUCAGAUUCAAGUAUUCCCAAGUAUGAGUUGUUUUCAAAGAGCCAGCUGUCCGGAUCCGCCACCCCUCAGCAGUCUGUGGGGAAACCUGCGUCCACCGAGAGUGACUCGGCCCCGGGCAUCUCGUCCCCAGAAGGCCGGCACGGAGGCUCGGGUUCAGAGAACGGAGACAGUGAGUCUUUCAUCAGCUCACCUGUAUCUAAGCCUAUAAAAGACGGAGAGGAAACUCCUGGGUCCGUUAGCUCCCUCGGCUCUGAUUCCGGCUCAGAGACCGACAAAGAUGAUCAGGAGCCCUCCCCCUCCUCUGCGGCCUCCCGGCACAUGAACGCCAUCGACAUCUUGACCCGAGUGUUCCCCAGCCACAAGCGGAGCGUACUGGAGCUCGUCCUGCAGGGCUGUGGUAAAGAUGUGGUGCAGGCCAUCGAGCAGAUCCUCAACAACAGCGGCGCCCAGGGCCCCAACAAGACCGGGCCAGAGGAGACGUGGACGGCGGAAAGGAUGCUCCAAAACGCACAGCAGCUUCCACAGUCCUCUGCCUCCACAACCACCCCGACGAGGCCCAUGUUACCCGGAGCCAUGACACUGAGCAACCGCUCUGCAUUUUCUCCCCUACAGCCAAACGCCCCGCACUUCGGCGCGGACCCCAGUACCUAUCCUCUGGGCACCCCCCUGGGACUGAACCCGCUGCGUCUGGCCUAUUCUGCGCACAGCCGGGGUCUGGCUUUCAUGACGCCCUACUCCACCACCGGGUUGAUGCCCACUCUGGGCUUCAGACCCCCGAUGGACUAUGCUUUCAGUGACCUAAUAAGGGACAGGACAAUGUUACACAAGGAGCAAGGCUAUGCCAGCGGCCUAUACGGGCCUUUGGUCAACAACACGCCGGACAAACAGUGAGGCUGCUGGGCUGAGCACAGAGACACAGUCCGUUGCCACAAAUGUUGAAUGUCCUGGCGAAAAUCUGUGAUAUGUUUUGGCUACAGGCUACUGCAUAUGAUAGGAUUAUGUGGCGUGUAGUCAAAUGGCUUGAGAGGGCGGAAAAAAUGUAACUCACUUGUAUAAUUUUAUAUAGACUACAAACUUUUGGAUGACAUCCCCCUUUAUCAGCCUGGUUCUGCUGUCAAUAAAAUAACUGAUGUGAUAUUUAGCUCUUCAAAAAUAAAUCAUGACUGGGAAAGUAAAAAGUAAACCCGGUGACACAAAAGGCUAAAACUAAUCAUGCAUGAAUUUAUUACUGAUCGAUAUGUCAAGUCUGCAGGAUUUAAAAUAAAAUAAAGUGACGAAGAAAUGAUUUAACAGAGAGUUAUGCCGAUUUAGAGCUCAUCAAACCUUUCAGCUGAUUUGUGGAACUGAAGUUUAAAAUUUAAAUAUGAAUUUCUCCUCACACCCACACACACACACACACACACACACACACAGAGGAAACAAUAAACCGGGCAAAGUUAAGUUAUUAAAACAUGUAGCCUACGGAUGUUAACCCCGUUUCCUGUUGUAAAAGUUGAACUAAUGAUUUGUAAAUGCCAUUUCUUUUUUCCCUCGUGUAUCAUUUCACUUUUAGUUCGUUUCCAACUGCCUGUAUUAUAUAUUGCACUUGGUAAGAUGAAACAUUACGCUCUAUUCGACUUUUCAUUUAUCUGUUAGUCAGCUCAAAUAUUUUGUGACAAAGUGCUGGAUGAAGUCAGUUCCUCUUCAGAUGUUACAAG